AUGAUUGAGCUUUCUGUGAGCAGUUUUCAGCCAUCCAAGCUGCAGCUAUAGACCCACGUCUGAAAAAUCCCAUGGAGAAAGACAAGCUGGCCAGAAUCGGUAAUGAGGACCUAAGGAAGGCAGAGGAGUUUGUGCUGCUGAUGCGGAUGCAUUAUACAUCCACACUUGCAGUCUCCUGUGAAAACAGUCCAACCUGUGGCCAGAUACUGCCCAUCCUUCAGAAGCUGCGCAAACAUUACACCGUGCAGGCAGACGACUCUGCAUUCACCAGGAGCACCAAGGAGAACAUUUGGAACGAUCUCUCCAAAUGUUACCAGGAUGCUGAUAUUCAGGCAUUCCUGGAGGAAGCCACUGUGUUAGACCCCAGAUUCAAAUCCAAAGUGGACAUUGAUGAAAUCUGGGACAGAGUCAGGGCAGCAGCAGUGGCAGCAAACACACCAGCAGCUGCAGCAGGAAAGGCGUUCAAGUUUGAAAAUGACUUUGAUUACCCCACCAUAAAGCAGCAAAAGAAGACAGCCCUAGAGGAAUUUUUUGAAGAAGAGGACAGUGAGCUUCUGUCUGUGCAGCAGCAGCCCCCUGUCUUCAUAGCCCAACGAGUGGAUCAAGAAGUCCAACUGUAUAGAAGCCUUCCUCUCAUCCCAACCAAAGACAGCGCCACCCUCUGGUGGUGGAUGAAGAGGGGACACAUUGCCAAUGUUGUCAGCUUUAGCUGA